GUGUUACUCUUCUUACUAGACUCUUUACCAGAUUUCAAUAAUGUUAUUAACACUACGCUGCAUACGUUUGAACCAGGUUUACUUGGAGUCCCAUGUGAUGCGACUGUAACCACGCCGGUCCUACAAGUGAUCGGUAAAAAACUGAACUUGACGGAAGAUUCAAUGGAACUACUGCUACAUAAUAUGGAUUUACCGAAACGGUAUAAAAGCUGCAAGUUCCAAGAAAUGUCGCCUGAAUCGUUAAACAAUGCUGGCUUUCAAGACAAUUCUAUCCAAGACUCAAAUGAGUUUUCAAUUGAGAAGUAUCCUAAUUUCAUAGAGCAUGUUUAUUACGAGAAUAAUGUAACCAAACACAGAGAUGAUCUAGAAUCGAUGGCUGCUGCAAAAGAUGUCGAACUUUCUACAGUAAAGCAUCUUGAUUUUGCUAAUCAUAAUUACAUAAUGAGUGCAAAUAAAAAAGAAGAUUUCGAGUUAACUUCAAAAAUUAACGUGACACAUGCGGAAAGCGUUCCGUUUUUGGCGGCCAUCUUUGAAACGGUUGGCAAUGUGACAGCGCAGACUUGUGGAGGCGUGGUGUUGUCUCCACACUGGGUGCUGACGGCCGCUGGCUGUGUCAACGUGUUGGGACCCUUUUAUACCAACUCAUCAAAUGAAACAACAGACGCCUCCUACACAGUAGUGGCCGGUGCCAACGACCCCCUCAAAGACGGUACCGUGCACCAAGUCUCCAAGAUCUACCUGCACCCCUCAACCAACCGCUCGAGGUUGCACUGGCUGACCAUGGACAAAAAUGUCCCGACCCUGGCUCUGCUGAGGGUGGAACAGGGGGUGAAGGGAGGGGUUGAAGUGGAAAAUGGGGCGUGGAGUGGUGAGGGUCGUAUUUAUAGCUGGAUUUUGAAGCAGAAGCAGACUGGGUUUGAGAUGACAGCUGUGUCGUCGCCGGCGAGACAGCUGAGUCCUCAAACGUGCAAGAAACUUUACGGAGUAUCAGAAGACAAUACUUCCAUCUGUCUUUCGGUGAAUGAAACGAAGAACAUUACGAGGAUGACGUCAGGAUGCCCCGUGGUAGCUCUCCGCGAAGGCCGCAUAUCUCUCCUCGCUGUAGCCCUAACUGACAACAUUCAGCCUCUGCUGGCCACCCCGCUGGCUUUGCACCGAGACUGGCUCAACAAACUCACAAGGGAAGACGGUAAAGAUGAGAAUAAAGUGAGGAAGUGAG